AUGCUUGGUCAUGCUACUGCAGAUAUAGUUUCUCGAUCUAUUAUUGACUCACUAAAAUCGGAUGAAGUUGAUAUUACAAAAAUGUUGAUGCUCGGGGGAGAUAAUCCCAAUGUAAAUAAAGCAAUCGAAGAUAUUCUUUAUAAAAAAACUGAUAAAUCGACUCUUGCUAAAUUUCAUUUUAUUAUUUUUCUCUAUCAAACAAUAUUUAAAAGAGAACUUGUCUGGUUGCAGCAGGAAGAACCAUUUGCUCAUUUACUAUAUGGUGAAUUUUGCAAUUUGUUGCGCAAUAUUAUGUUGCCAUUUGUCAAAGAAGAACUUUUAAAAGAUAAAGAAGGUAGUGAUUUGUUGUCUGUUUCUUUCGAGCAUCAAAAUAGUCAAAAAAAUAAUGCAAAUAUCGACAUUGGUGAAACUACUCGAACAUAUAUUAAAGAUUUAUCUGCUAGUGAAAAAGCAAUUUUUUUUCAAAAUAUUCGUCAAGUGUACUGUACUAUAACAGAACUAACUAAAUCAUUGCCACUUAAAAAUGAUUUUUUAAGACAUCUCCAAUGUCUUCAACCUUUAGCUCGACAACAAGAAUCUUCUCGAACAAGUAUCAUGUACCUGUCACGACAUGUUCCAUAUUUAUUAACCAAUGAAGAGAUAGAUCGAGUUGGUGCUGAAUGGCGUGUUUAUCAGAUGGCUGAUAUACCAGAAGAAUGGUUUAGGAAAACUACAGUUUAUUCGGAUCAUAUAAUUGAAUAUUUACCUAUUGAUAAAUAUUGGUAUCGAAUAUUUUCUACUGCUACAUCCACUGGUACGCCGCAAUAUGUAGUAUUAACCAAGCUCGUGAAAUGUUUAUUAUCUUUAUCUCAUGGGAACAGUGACGUUGAAAGAGGUUUCUCCGAAAACAAUCAUCUUGUACCAGAUGAUCGUUCAUCAUUAAAUGAAGCAUCUAUUAAUGGUUUACGAGCUACGAAAGCUGCUGUUAAAUUUUUCCGCGGUGGUAAAGCUCAUGCAGUUCCGACAACAUCUACUUUGAUUUCAAACGUGAAAGAAGCUUAUUCACGUUAUACAAAAGACAAUGAGCAACAACAGAAAUUAAUUAAAAGUACAGAUGUUGCUAAUGGUAAACGAGGUCCUGAAGUCGAGCAUGAACGUUUAGAAGAAAAAGAAACUCAAUUGAUAAAUGAACAAAAGAAUUUACAAGAAGAAUUGACUAAAGUGACGAAUAUGUUGGAGGAAGGGACCACAAGACUUGCUGCAGCUAUGAAGAAUAAAAAAUUUGAUGAUAUAGGCACAACCGAAGUACUGGUGACAGCUGCUAAUGCUAAAUUAGCUGUUUUGAAAACUAAAUUAAUUGAAAAUGAUGAAAAUUUGAACCGAUUAAGAAAGAAAAUAAAUUAA